GCAAUUAGGCACCGAGUAAAUACGUACAGUUACUUGGAAUACUGUGUGUAAAACAAUUUUCAACAAUGCCUUAUUUCAUAUCUGACAAUUAAGAUACCCAAAAGGUCUUAACAAUGUAGCUAAAGAAAUUUAUAACAGAUGGUAGAACAUAGCAAUGACAGAUGAGAAGCAGUCCCCAUACACCACAGCCACUGUCACUAUGUCCUCCAAUUUUCUACAGACCUCUGGUGGCCUUUCAGGCCACAGAAACAUAUCAUCACCAUCGUCAAGUUCAUAUAUACCUGACACUGGAUACCCUUUUGGUGACCUAGGAAUUGGAUCACACGGUUCUCCAAAAUCAACACAUGAAGACAUGGAUACCAAAGAAGAUUCUAAAUUGGAUUUGUAUCCUGAUGUUAAAGGGUUAAAUCUUGCAAUCACCUUGCCGUUUCAGGAUUCAGACCACUCGUCUACAAAUACACCGUCACAAUUUUCGCAAAUUUUAUCAUUCAGACAGUCAUCAGUACCAGCAGGUGAUGCUAUGUUAAGUGCCAUAAACUAUGAAAAUGACAUUUUACCAGAAGCUUUAGAUGUUAAUCUGGCUGGACCGUUACCACAACUUGAUGAUGGUAUUCUGUCAAACAUGGGUGCCCCUGGAGAUUUGUUUGAUGGUGAAGGUAAUGUGAAUGACCCAUAUUCAAUGGACGAUUAUUCUCCCCAGACAUCACAUGACUUUGGUGGCUUUAGUAGUGAUGGUUAUGGUGGUAUUGAUUCUGACCACGGUCUUUCAAACCAAGCAGAUCCCGGUCAAGGUUUAGAAGGAUUAAAACAACAGAAGAAACCUAAAUCACAUAAACCUGCCAAAGGACAAACUUCACCAGCAAGACUGGGAAGUUUACAGUGUCCUACUUGCAGCAAAACUUUUACAAAUUCUAGUGCCUUGGCCAAACACCGAUUAACACAUAGCGAUGAAAGGAAAUAUGUUUGUAAUCUGUGCCAGAAAGCCUUUAAAAGACAGGAUCAUUUGAAUGGUCAUUUGAUGACUCAUAGAGAAAAGAAACCUUAUGAAUGUACAGUAGAUAAUUGCACAAAGAGUUAUUGUGAUGCAAGGUCACUGCGACGUCACCUAGAAAAUCACCACAACCAAACUCCAGAGCAAAUACACGGAGCUAUUGCUUUGGUAGCUUCCAAUGCUGCUGCUGUUAUUGCUGCUGCUGCGGCUACGAACUCUGCUCAGAAUAAGGCAGCCCAGGUCAAUGUUUCCACUACUGCAAACACUGUUCCCAUUAUGGCUAGUUCUAUAGUAUCUAAUGAGAGCUCUCAGGGCAGUGACAUCAAACCAUUAUCAUUCAGCAGUGGUAACUCUACACCAGUUACUAGUCCUGUAUAUGGUGAUCAGCCAUCAUUUCCUAUAGAUCAAUCUCCAGCAGGCAGCAUGGAAAACCAGAUUAAUUCAAAACAGACAGCUACUGCUAAAUUGCGGUCCUUAUCAGAAGAAGAAUCAGUAGGACAAAAAGUACAAAUGUUACUAGACCAGGCUGCUGCUGCUUCACAGACCAACACUGAUGAGACCAUCACACUUCACAGUGCUCAGGGCAAUCAGACAGUUACUAUAUCAGCUGACAAUUUACCACAAACCAUAGCCAUAGAGUCAAGUAAUGUGUUAAUGAAACAUAUACAGCCAGGAAGACAGUGGCAAGACCAGAAUGUUAAAGUAAACAGUGUUCAAAGUGCCCAUUCAAGCUCUCCAAGAAGUGGAGAACCCUCACCAGGUUAUCUGCAGCAAGUUAGCCCAAUUAGUCCUGUCCCUAAUACACAGUUGACACCUUCAAGUCCGGUGAUGCAGCCACACCCUCAACAAAGGUCAUGGAAUACAACUGUUUCUCCUGCAAAUGUGGAUAAAAAUGGGGAGGAAGUUAAACCAGCAGAAUGCACAAUAUGUGAAAGAACAUUUAAAAAUGUACAAGCUUUAAAUGGUCACAUGCGAUGUCAUGGAGGAUAUUUCAAGAAAGAACCAAAGGAAGAUAAAAAGACCAAAAAGAAUUCCAAGGAGAUGGCACCUCCCAAAUCAGUGGCACCAAAGGGAAAUAAAUUGAUAGCCAGUAUGCCUCAUCCUUCACCAUUAGACAAAGUAGGAUCACCACAGUCAGGACAAGGUUCUGCAUAUGGAAGCCAGUUACAGUCCCCUGUAUCAGGAGAUUCACCAGUAGGGAUUGAUGGGUCAGCUAUGGUCCUACAACAGUUUGGAUUGGAUCAGUUACAGGUUGGAGAACCAUUCUGGCAACAAAUUCAGAUACAUCAGCAACAGAUUCAAGGGGAACAACUGCAGCAGCAACUUCAACAACAGUUACAGGUACUUCAGAUGGAACAGACAAAUGUAGAGGUGAAGAUACAACAAUUGAAAGAUCAACUACAACAACAGAAUCAACAGCUUACACAGAAACAGGUCAGACAGCAAAUGGAACAGACCAUGCAACAGGAAUUACAACUCCAGUCAGCACUUCAACAACAGAUACAACAGCUACAACUACAGAACACACAACAACUCAAGCAACAGGAGGCACAGAAUAUUCUUCUGGGAUUAACCCAGGAAAGCCACAAUAUGAAACAGGAACACCACUUACAGGAUAAAAAAAUGGCAAAGCCACAGGAUACAGACAUAUCAAUUCUCCAUAAUCUACAACACCCUACAGGGACACAAUUAUUACAAGCCUUUCAACAUAACCUUGCAGCCAAACAGGAAGCUGAUAGGCAGUUAUAUGAUAUACAAGCUAUUUUAAAACAGGAAGCAGAAAAUCAGACAAAUACUCAACAAAAUAGAAAACAGCCAAUCAGUAAAGAAGAUAUGGAAAAACAUUUGAUACAAAGACUGUUCUUACAAGGUGGCAAUCCUUCUGCAGAGGCAGCUGUCUCUUUACAGCAGCAGAUUGAGCAACAGAAAGCCAGUCUUCCACCUACAUCUCAGCCACAGCAUGUAAAUAGUAUACUUUUGGAAAAGAUGAAACAGAAACAACAGCAAGAGAGACAGCAGCAACAGAUGUUAAAGACGAUACAACAGCCAUAUAACCCUGGACAAUUACCAACUCUCAUACAUCAUCAUCCUCAGGUGAAAGAAGAAACCAAACUUGAUACUGCUUCCGUCCCUACUUCUCAGGUACCCAGGCCAUUGCAUUUACAAAGACAGGUGUCUUUUGAAGAAAUGCAAAAUCAGCCACAACACAGUAUUGAAUUAACAAGUCCUCAACAAAUAACUCAUCAACAACUUCAACAAUUACUGCAACAAAGGAAUGACACUCUUAAUAGUCAGCAGCCUCCAAAUAAUUUAUCAGAUUCUCAUGGCAUGCAACAUAUGGACUUAUCUCCACCACCUUCCCUAACUCCAACAUCAAUUCAAUCAAAUCUACAGACAGCUAUAGCUCAGAUACCUCUGUUUGCAUUGAAAACUCCAACUGAAAUAGGAAGUAUGGGACAAUUCAACCAACUACCACAGUCAAAAAUUGUAACAACUUCUGCUGAAAGUCCGGACUUGUCUCUUAUCUUGGAAACAAUCGAUAAUGAUCAAAAGACGUCAUUGUCAAGUGCUAAAACUUUACCUCAACAUUCACAGCCAAAUCAAGAUAAUUUAUGGACUACCCUACCUAAAACUAAUCAUGGACAUUUGACUGAUGCAAGAAAAUCAACUGUGAACUAUUCUCAGAUAUUUAAUGAAAAGGUACAUGGAGCAGAAAUGUUCUUUGGACCUAAAAAUGUGCCAUUUUUAGAUUCUGCUUUACAUAAAAUGGGAACUGAUCCCCCAUUGCAUAAACCUGAGGCCAUAAAACCUGAGAAGGCAGCUGAUCAAAACCCUUUUGCAUUCCCUGUUGGGAAUGGGGCUCAAAAUGACUUCGCACAUCCUGACACUAUAAAAAAUCCUAAACACCACAGACACAAACCUAUCGCUAAUCAACAUACAGAAUUGAAGCGAAGGCUGUCUGUAGGUAGUGAAUGUGAUCUUAAUUCUAGUGUUUUACCAGGAAUGAUCAAUAAUAAUAAUAAGGGCUAUAGUGCUAAAUUUCCUUCAAAUAGUGCUCAGAAUAUAUUAUCUGUCAAACCGCGGAUGAGAAGUAAAUCUGGUGAUGAUUUUAAAUACUUUAGAUCUAAAAGUGAGGAUCAUACAUUCAUGAGACCCAGAAGUCAAACUGAGGAAUGUUUAUGGAAAUAUAAACAAAAAUCUGAAGAUUCAUGGGAUCAGGCUUUAUCAAAAUCAGAUGGUGCUGGACUGUUCAGAAAUCCUAAUUCACUCACAACUCCUCUUCAUUUACGAAUGAAACGUAAGCAUCGACCAGCACCAUUAUUCAUUCCGAGACAUGGGUCACUACAUGGUGGAUUCCAAAGUAGAUUAAGAUCUCCACGAGUAUUAACAGCUAGUGAACACAAGGGUAAUACGCCUCCUCCAUACACUCCACCACCAAUGUUGAGUCCUAUACGUAGUGGUUCUGGACUGUUUUGGACGAUACAGAAACCUCCAAUGACACCCAUGACAGCUCCUAUCACACCUAGGACUAGCAUUUUAUCAAUGUCCAGAAAUGGCAGUAUUGGGAGUGCUCAACCAGAUGUUUCCAAGCCAGAGUUGCCAGAUGAUGAAGAACCACCAGAAACUGAUAUUCUACCACAUGUAAAUAUUGGAUCUCAGUACCAAGCAGAGAUUCCACCAUUUAACUGUCGUAAAAAAGAGGCAUUAACUUGUGUAUCCAAAGAAGAUUUGGUGUUUGAUCAUGAAAGAAUUAAGGACUGUUCUGAUAAUGAAGUGCAAUAUUUUCAAGAGUUUGCUAACAGUGCAGCAGUUAGGGGUAAUGGUUGUAAUACAGAAUAUGCUCUCCAUUUACUUCACUUGGCAAAGGGCAAUAUACAGAAAGCCAUGCUGAUGUUAAUGGAAACUUCUAAGGAAUUGCCUGCUCACCAUACAUUACUAUCUUUUACAUAUCAAGAAAAUGAUGUUUGGACCACAGAGGAAGCUGAAAAAUACCUAAAUGCUUUAUUGAAAUGUGAUAAAGACUUCUUCUCUGUUUCCAAAGAAAUUGGAAGUAAAUCUGUGAAAGAAUGUAUUCAGUUUUAUUAUUUAUGGAAGAAAGUGUGUCCAGAUGAACACAAACGUCUGCGUAUUAUUCGUAAUAAAAGAGAACGUGAAAGAUUGUACAACUUAAGAUCCCAGCAGCAACAACAGCAGCCGGCAACACUUCCAGAGCAGCCAGAAAAUGAGAUGGAGAUAAACGAUUUCGAUGAAGACUCUAGUAGUUCUACUGACAUGGAGGAUACUACUGACAUAAUGUUAAAUAAUAAAGAGGAUGAUACCUCAUCUGUAAAAUCUACAAAGUCUGUAAAGUCUGUAGUUACAUCAUCCCCAGCUUCUGUAGCUACAUCGCCUGCUCCUAUGUUUACAUGUGAUUACCCAGAAUGCAAUGCUUCGUUUAAUUCCAAGCAAGCAUUAAAUGGUCAUAUAAGAGUACAUGGGGGAGGUUCAAAAAGCAGUUCCCCUGCUAGAGAAUACAGACCUCCAGCAGCAAGACUUCCUAAACCACAAGGAUCACCUGCAAGUUCAGAGGAUCUGAAUGGAGAGGGCUUCCCAUGUAAACUUUGUGGCAGGGUUUUUGCAAAAGUACGUAGUAGAAGUGCUCAUAUGAAGAGUCAUCGAAUGAAUGAAUCUGAUAAAAAACCAGUGAACAAGAAACCAGUUCCAGUACCAGUGUUAGACAAUAUCAUGCCUAAAAUGUCACCUAAUGGGUGACACCUAAUGGGUGACGAUUGGUGCUUAACUAUAUUCUGUAUUAGGGCUUUCUUAGAAGGCAGAAAUAUAUUUGUAUUUAUAAGGCAGCUUAUUAGUCGUGACUUCUAAAGAAGAAAGAAUCUGUGAUGUUGUAAAUAGAAUUUGAUUGUUUUAAUGUAAUGUUUGAGGGAGUCCAUUCAGCAAUCUUCCAGAUCUCAGUUUUGCAUCAAAUACCUCUUAAUUACAUAAAACUUCUUUAUGGUCAUAAUAGCCAGAUUUAUACCUGUUCACAUUCUAACUUAAUUCAUUUGCCAUUUCCAGUUUUACAUAAAAUACUGAAACUAAGAUGUUUAUGAAUGACUGUUACCUCUUCUUGUUAUGUUUGUUGAUUUAAGCAAGAUAUGUUAUUGCUUUUUUUCUUCUUUUUUUUUAAUCAAAAAUUUUAUUUUUCCUUUUUAAGAUGAACUCGUUGUUUUCUUCUAAAGUGCUUACUUUCAGUUGUUUCAGUGUUGUAGAUUUUAAAGAUUUAAUGAGUUUAUGCUCUACUCAAACAAAGAAAAGCUGAAAUGAAUGAAAAUUUUAAGUAAUAUACAAUAAUUGUAUUCAGUUACUCAUUCAGGCAGCUAAGGUACUUAUGUCUAUGCUAUAUACCUUAAAUAAAAGAUUCAUUCCAAGAUAAGAUGGUAGUUUUUAACAUUGUUUUACCUUAUCAGCUCAAUCCAUGAAUUAGAGAAGGUACCAGCAGUCUGGUGAAAAUUGAUUUAAUACAAUGACAACAGAUGCCUGACAUGCAUGAGGACCUACUUAUAUGGAUUAUCAAGCAUGUGUUACUUAAUCUUAUCAAUGACCAGCCACACAAAACUGAAUGUUAAAACACUGUUUUUCAAUGUUGUAUGGAAAAAUAAUAAUUAGCAUGUAUUUGAAUUACAGUGAAUUUAAUUUAAUAAACAGACAACAGUUAUUCUCUUUCUUUUGAAAAAAAAAAUACAAAUAGAUUCAUAUAGUUUAUCAAGAAAUUGCAACUUGUUGUAAGUCGUAUGAUGUUUUAUAGAAAUGGGAUCAGGACUUGAGAAAAUUCAGUUUCUCUUCUUUAUUCUUUUAAUGGUGCAAAUCUUAAUGUUCUGAAUGGACUAGUUAUGACAGAAUCUAGAUGAGACGUCCUUUGUUUUGUUUUAAGAUUUAUAUUUUACCCUAUUAUUAUACAAUGUGCAAUCAUUUGUUAUAAAUGUGUAAAAAUUGUUACUUCUGUGUAAAUUACUAUCAGACAGUGCUCAAAUACUGGUCUUAAAACUAUAUCAUUUGUUCAUACUAAGAUAUGUAGAUUAUAUAUUAAUACUUAUAUUGUAAAUAUUGUUGUAAAUUCUCAUUUUUUUGCUUGUGAUAUAAUGGCUUAGUAUUAAUUGUGAUUCAUGAACAAAAUUUUAUAAAUGGUUUUCAUUUUAUGUAGUCAAAAUUUUAUAUUGAUGUAAAAAAACCCAAUUUUGUUAUUAAGAAAAUAAUCAUAUUUUAUAAUGAAGAACUAUUGAUGUUUAGUGUAUUUACAUCGAGAUUGUUUACAAAUUUUUAUCAUCUACAUCUGUUAUACUUACAUUUCUAUUCACAAAAUGUACAGAAAUUGAAGCUUUGAGCACAGAUAAACUAUCAUCUUUCAUAAGACAAUCAGAUGUCAUGAAUUAAAGCAAAAUCAGUUGAAACUUUUACUCCUCUUCUAUUUUCUUUACCUUCAAAUUAUAAACAUUUUAUGUGGAAGGUCUGCAUUAAUGAUUAAUUAGUAGGCACACAUCUUUUUUCUCAAAUAAUCUAAAAUUCUGUGUUGGGCUUUAAAAUUUAAUUGCAUCAGUACUUAUAUUGUAGUAAAUAAAAAGAAAUAGAUUGAAAAUUGAACAUUGUAUUAUUAUCAUGCAAUGCUGCUUGAUCAAUUUGAAGAAAAUUCUUAUUACAUUUGAUAACUAAAUGUAUUGAAACUAGUGCUAUGAGGAAAGUACUAACACCAUGAAAUUACUUUUGUUUGUCUGUUUCAAUAUACAAUUAAUGUAUAUGUUAAUGGAAUAUGGUCAUCUUAGUCAUUGAUAAAUCAGUAAAGCACAAAAUACAUUUUCUUAUGAAGCAUUUUGGAGACCUGCAUAUGAAUUCACGCUACAUGAUAUACUCAGGAUUUCAACCCUUGACCAAUGUGAAUCUAAUUGCCUGUCAUGUCAUGAAAAGAGGCUAAAUAAUAAAUGCCAACUGUUAUCAAUUGUGAUUUGUAAAUUUGGAUUGAAGUAGGAGGAUGUAGUCCCUGUCAAAGAAAGAUGAAAUAUUUCGUUUUGGAUUUGCUCAUUUGCUGGUCUGAUCCAGCUUUAUGAUACAAUUUGUGUUGUUAAAUAUAAAGCCAGUCACAAAAGUUCUUUUGAAUGUUAAGACCAAAUUUUAGGGGAAAUUUGGAUUUUUCUCUCUCAGUGGUUGACAAGUAUAGAAAGGUGUUCAAACCUUGUUGAGCCGUUGACCACUUUUGGGUAUUCCAAGUUGGACUUUUUAUAAGAUAUUCUGAGUCACCCUUUAAUAAUCUUAGUGCAGUUUAUUCUUAUAUAACUCUUUUUUUUAUAAAAUUUAACAAAAAUAUAACAAUUUAAUAACUUGAGAGAAACCCUAUGUAUGAUUCCAUUAUGAUUUCUCUUUUAGGUAUAUGCUUUAUAUUGAUAUUGCAUGUUUAAAAUCAAACUGACUAUUGACGCAAUACGAUUGAAAAUUGUGCCCAUUUGUUAAUAUUGUACUGAUUCAGCAGUUUUAAAGACCAGUCUCAUGUAAAUUACCAAAAUGAAGAAUAAACAUUUCCGAACUUUGACAUUUUCAGAUUUUAUUAAAAGUUCUCCCAGCAGUUUCGGAAAAGUUUGCAACAGACGAGUAAAGGAUUUUACCUAGGAUGAAAUCUUUAGGGACUUAACAGGGAUAUAAAGUUAACAUAGCCUCUAUACCUAGAAUGAUAUUUUAUAUAAUGCCCUAUAAGGGAUAUAAAAUUUACAUAACUUGCAAGUCACUAUGUAACGAUUUUCUUAAUCAUGCAGAGAUUUCUCUAAUUACAAGAUAAUUGUGAAGAAAAUUAUAUUUAAAUUAAAUGUGAACUCUCUGUCAGAAUAGGUAAUCAUGAAAAAUAUAUUUAAACUAACUUGAUUAAUUUUUUUUGUGGAUGAUAGAAUAUAUGUAUGAAGAAUUUAUAUAGCUAUGAUGAUCUUGUAUUGUUGUAUAUGCUCAUUUCUGUAUAGGAACAUAAAAUGUACUAAAUCAUGAAUGACAUUAUGGGUCGUUUUCAGAAUACCGGUUAAAAGGUUGUUAAAUAUAUUGCAAAAAUUGCAUUGUAGAAUAUUCAUGUAUCGUCCUAUUAUUUUAUGUCAAAUUCUCAUCGAAGGAUAUUAGGUUGUGUAACUCCAAUUAUUUGUUUUAACAUUUUGGUGCGGAGGUGCCGUUUUGUUAGGGCUAUACUGUCUCCUGCAUUUAUAAGAAAUUGAAAGGUUUUUCUAUUAGUGUAUUGAAAUAAUAGUAAGAUACUUUUAUCUUCCUUAUGUCAAUAUACUUUUAGAAAUUAGAAUAUGUUCAGUAGUAGAAAUGUGUAUUUUAAAAAUCUCAUCAGGGAAAGUGAAUUACAAAAAAUUUAUAUUAGCAACAGAAUUUUAUACAUUCUCAUGUAUUUUUAUGAACAAAUUGAUGCUUCACAAUUUCCACAGCUUUGAUUUAUUUAUGAAAUUGAUAUUAUAAUGGGUAGAAGAAGUAAUAUUACCUAGAUAACAAAGCAGGGUGUAAAAUAAAUCUUUAACUGAGAGGUAUAGCCGUAACAAAAACAAUUUUGUUUGUCAUGAUUAUUUGUAUAUUUACAAUAUACAUUGAAUAAUAAUAAAUAAUUAGGGGAAAUUAAAUCAAUAAAAAAUACACACUUUUAUAGUGAAUAGUAAUUGAGAAAAAAAAAUCUUUUUCUACAUCAGAAUCGUCUUGAAAUUCAUGAAAUAUUUGCCACUGGAUGUUAAGCAACCAACAAUCAAUCUUUACCAGAAUCUUUAUAAUAUGAGCAUAAUUUGAAUUGGGCAUUAUGAUUUACAAUUUAUAUGGUAUGGUGCUUUCUGGGAAUUUUAGGGACAAGUUCUAUAUUUUCGGUGAUGCACAUUUUUAGAUGAUGGACAAAAUAAAUGUGAUAAAUGUUUGAAGAUACUAUUACAAAACCACAUAUAAAAAAAUAAAGAGAUGUGGUAUGUUUACCAAUGAGACAAAGAUAUGAAAAAUUAGAGAUCUCCUUACAACCAUGUCUGCCUUGUUUCUAUUGAUAUAUAGAUAUAUUUCUGUAUAGCUGAAUUCAGGUGAUUGUACCUUGAAAAUAUCCUAAAUUUUGAUUGACUUGUUUUAAUUGACAGUGAGUACAAACAUCAUAUGAUAUUGUAUGUGUGGUUUGUAAUUGGUUACUUCAACACAGCUCUUAGGUCACACACAACCCAUAGAUACAGCAUAAAUAUUUCUAUUUUACACCAGUUCAUUAAUUUUUUCACAUAAUUAUAUAGAAUAUGUAGAAAUAUUUCUUUUUAAUUUUUAGCACACCAAAUGGUGUCUUUAAAGUUAUGUCUGAUGACUCCAUCAUCAAACCAACAUGGCUGUUACAGCUAAAAAAAUAGCACAUAAGGGUUGAAUAAAAGAAAAAUCCUGUAAUGGACCAUUUGUUAUCAAACUUAGAUCCCUUUAAGAGCUAUGGUUGAUUACCCCAUUUUCUUGACAGCAACACAAGUAGACAAUUUGACUAAAAACUCAAUUGAAUAGGUUUUAUAGGACUGGAGAGAGCAUUGUUAACAAUGGGCAUACAUCCAGAUGAACAAUAUAAAAUAAGGAUAUGUGGUAUGAUUGCUAAUGAGUAACUAUCCAACAGAGUCCAAAUGACAUGGAUAUAUGCAAUACUGGUGCAUUAGAUAAAAAAAAUAGUAUUUAUUGUAAUUCUUCCCUUUUUUGGGGGGAGGGGGAUAUUCUAACAUGAGGUUGAACCUUGCUAGUGCCAAGGUGUGUUCAACACAGAUUAUGUGACCAGGAUUGCCAGUUUUCCUGCAAUAGGUCAGUACUUGUUCCUGGUAACACCAGCUUUCUCUACAUUAAAAAGCGGCUGCCAUGAUGAAGCCAAGGUCGCUGAAAGUGGCGUGUAAACUCCACCUAACAAAUUAAAAUCUCAAUAUAUGUUUUCUUAAAACUAUUCAGAAUUUGAUUUGAAUACUUAUAUGUUUUUUCACUUAAGAAUUUAACUGUGAAAAUGACAAUAAAAUUAUAUUUAGCACUGAAAUUAAUUGUAAUGUACAAUUGUGCACAUCAUUUCAUCAUUGUUUCAAAAAGUACAUUACAUGUCAUUGUCAUUUAUAUAUAUGCCUACAAAAGAGUUUAUUUCAUAGUCUGUUUCAUUAUUGUCAUUUCACUAUUGGAACCAAAUUUAAAAACAUAUUUUUACUGAAUAAAUGCUCAGAUGAGCAAAUAUAA